AUGGUCCCUUUGCAAGGGCAUCGCGCCUGCCUCACGUCCCUAUGCGCCUUCCUCGCCGCCGCCCUGCUCCUGCCCUUACUUGCGGCCGCCGACUAUGUGCAGACAAACAUCACCGAGACGCCCAACUUCAAGUUGCUUCCCGGCAUUGCCUCAGUGCCAGCACCCGUCGCGGUCGCGCCGGACCAAACCUGGAUCGGAAUUGAUGGCGCAUGGAACACCUUCACCUUGGCCAUAGGCGAGCCUCAGGAGUACGUGCAGGUCUAUGUGUCGACUGCAAGUCAGCAAAUAUGGGCCAUCAAUCGCAUGGCCUGUAUCUCAAAUAUUACGGACCCCACGACUGGAGAGAUCACAGCAUUCAACGUUUUCGACUCAGAGUGCGAGCUUAGUCGCGGUUACUUGUUCAACAGCAGCAACUCGGAAACAUGGGAGCAAAAAGGCUUUUACCAACUGUGGAUUGAGAAGUACCUUGGACUAGUCGGUAACGGACUGUACGGUUUCGAUUCGGUGGGUCUAGGGAGGGCCGGGGAGAUGGGGCCCUCUGUCCAGAAUACAACAAUCGGCACCUUGGUCACGGCCAACUUCUGGCUCGGGCAUAUAGGCGUGCAUUCCAAGUCAACCAACUUCUCCGUCUUCGACGACCCAGUCCCGAGCUACAUAACUACUCUGUUCGAACAAAAGAGCAUUCCCAGUCUAUCUUUUGGCUACACUGCCGGCGCACAGUACCGCGACCAAACCGUCCUCGGAAGUCUCACGCUGGGUGGCUACGAUGCCUCCCGCCUUAUUCCCAACGACCUUACUUUCAUCUUCGCACCGGACAAUGAGCGCGACCUGGUGGUUGGCAUAGUUGGCAUCACAGCGAACACCACGUCGGAAGAAGACAUUGAUCUCAUGAAAACUGACGACGUCACCAUGUACAUUGAUUCCACGAUUGCAGAACUCUACCUGCCAGUUGAAAUCUGCCAAGCUUUCGAAGACGCAUUCGGAUUGCAGUACGACGAAGCGACUGAUCUCUACCUUGUGGACGAUAAGCUCCACCAGAGUCUCCUCGCGCAGAACCCCAGUGUGACGUUCACUCUUGGUCAAAAAUUCAGUACCGAUGCCACUCUACAGAUCACCUUGCCUUAUGCUGCCCUAGACUUGGAGGCAACCCCUCCCUACAGAGGACUAAAAGAGAAGACAAGGUACUUUCCAAUCAGGCGAGGUGGUGAGUCGCGCCAGUGGAUACUAGGCAGAACCUUUCUGCAGGAAGCCUACCUGACUGUAGAUUGGGAACGUCAGAACUUUACAGUGUCAGCUGUCGACUGGACAUUUGGCAAGGCACCAGAAAUCCUUCCCAUCGUGUCGCCUACCUAUGCAGUAGCGCAUUCCACUCCCCCGAGAAAGAAGCCUCUAUCGUCUACGGCAGUCAUUGGGAUUGCCGUGGGAGGUGGCUUCUUCGUUGCUUUAUUGUUGUGUGCAAUUGGAUGGUGGUUUUGGCAUCGGCGACACAAACGCAAAUUGGAAGCCAUCAAGGCGAAAUACGAGGCCGAGGCCGCUGCGGCUGCAGUCACCAAGAUGGAUCCACCCGUUUUGGAGGAAACUCCGACCUCUCCAGUACGAAGUAGUACCGAGGGUGUAGUUGUCUUUCCGAAGGCUGAGCUGCCUGGUACGUCUCAUGUACAUCACGAGAUGAGCUCCAGUGCGCAAGAGAAGGGUUCAUUGCCGGUGCAUGAGGCAGACGGCAAGGAGCGUGAGAUUUACGAGAUGCCUGGCGACAUGCCUGUGCUUGCAGAAGCAGGCGGCCGUCAACUGUCGGAGAAGGAGUCUAUGGUGGUACGCGAGAGGAUAUACAACGGCGUAGAUCCGGCCGGUAUGCCAGACGCACCCCCCGUUACACAUGACGAGUCGCGAAGGCUUGCACCGAUCUCUCCCUCAGAAGUGGCGAUUGUGGGCGGUCAACUACCGACUGGCAACGUGUCGCCCGUCACACCACGGUUACCCCGAGACGAGCCAGGGGCGCGGGCGAAGCGGUCUGAGGAAGGUGGCUAUAGCAGCGCCUUGCCGCCUUGGGCCAAGUUGAACCCCUCGUAUGCGCUGCGACUGGAUACCAACCCCACCAUUGCCAUCACGGAGGCCGCGACGAGGCACAGGACGACCGCUUUUCUGCAUCGUCACUUUGUCAAUCGCUUUCCUAUUGCUUCAUACUUCCCGAAACUGAAAGAGCUUGCUUUGGUUACCCCUCGCUCUUACCCCGCCGCAUCUGCUAUCAUGGGCGACCUCGCCAACCGCAAGGUGUUCAAGGUGUUCAAUCAGGAGUUCAUUGUCGACGAGCGCUACAAUGUGACCAAGGAGCUAGGACAGGGUGCUUAUGGCAUCGUUUGUGCGGCUACCAACAACCAGACGGGCGAAGGCGUGGCCAUCAAGAAGGUCACCAACGUCUUUAGCAAGAAGAUCCUCGCAAAGCGUGCCCUGCGCGAGAUCAAGCUGCUGCAACACUUCAGAGGCAAGUCUAGAUCGCACCCGUCGGCUUUGCCACGACUAACAUCCGGCAGGCCACCGCAACGUAAGAUACACCUGAUCACAUGUCUCUACGACAUGGACAUUCCCCGCCCGGACAACUUCAACGAAUGCUACCUCUAUGAAGAGCUCAUGGAGUGCGACCUGGCAGCCAUCAUCCGCUCUGGCCAGCCGCUUACCGACGCCCAUUUCCAGUCCUUCAUCUACCAAAUUCUGUGCGGUCUGAAGUACAUCCACUCAGCAAACGUCCUCCAUCGCGACCUCAAACCCGGUAACCUACUCGUCAACGCCGACUGCGAGCUCAAGAUUUGUGACUUUGGUCUCGCAAGAGGUUUCUCCAUGGAUCCCGAGGAGAAUGCAGGUUACAUGACUGAAUAUGUCGCUACGCGAUGGUACAGAGCUCCCGAGAUCAUGUUGAGCUUCCAGAGCUACACGAAAGCCAUCGACGUAUGGUCAGUAGGCUGUAUUCUUGCUGAGCUUCUCGGAGGCAAGCCCUUCUUCAAGGGCCGGGAUUACGUCGACCAACUGAACCAGAUCCUGCACUAUCUUGGAACACCAAACGAAGAAACACUCUCACGUAUCGGCUCGCCUCGUGCCCAGGACUACGUUCGCAAUUUACCAUACAUGCAAAAGAUUUCGUUCCAGUCACUAUUUAGGAACGCCAAUCCGGACGCGCUCGACUUGCUCGACCGCAUGCUCGCUUUUGACCCAUCGAGCCGUAUCUCAGUCGAAGAAGCCCUGGAGCACAGGUAUCUACAAAUCUGGCACGACGCCUCCGACGAGCCUUCCUGCCCAACAACGUUUGAUUUCCAGUUUGAGGUCGUUGAGGAGAUUCCAGAGAUGAAGAAGAUGAUUUUGGAUGAAGUCAGCCGCUUCCGCCAGAUGGUCCGCGUACAACCCGGUGCAGGCGCUGGGGCGAACCAGGCGCCUCAAGUCCCAAUACCCAACAAUUACGACCGCGCCGGCUAUGAAGACCCUAGGCCACAAGAAGCCUUCAACCAGGGUGGAUGGAACGGCAGCGACUUGGAGCGUGACCUUCAAGGCCUUGACGGUCGCAUGCGAUGA